GCGUGUGAGUGUGUGUGCACUUACAUAUCUUACUUCAUGGGGUCCCACCGCAUGGAGCACACCCACCGCGGGGGGCCCACAACCGGUAUGGGGCCCUAAAUGGUGGGCCCCACACCGGUUUUCAUUCAAAAUGAGCUUUGCAGCCCCCCCUGAUGCCCCUCUUGCUUUUUUUUCACUUGGCCCACAAGGUCACAAAAACUGGAAAUGUGUGUGUAAGUGUGUGUAAACUUUUUGCUCACUACCGCCCCCCGGAGCUUGUAAGGUGGAAGGUACGGACACACACACACCGGAAGUUUGUUUACACACUUCAGGAAGUGGGUAGGGUUUUAACAAGAAGAAGAGGAAGAUCAAGCUCAAGAUUGACAGCAUGCAACAGAGCCAUUAUGUCCAAAAGGAGGAGAAGGAUAAAGCCUGUAGAUGAUGCAAAGACAUAUAUUCUGUCUUGCACUGACAAGUCUGGAUUUAUGUCAAGACUCAUAGACAGUUUCAAAGGAAGAGGAGUGUUUGCUACGCAGCCCAUUGAACCAGGGGACUUUGUUUUGGAGUACAGGGGUAAACUCCUCACACAGGAAGAAUGCCAGUCACUAACGUACUCAGAGAUUGACUCCACAUUUCUCUUUGAUUUUGAGUGGCAGAACCGUCACUUGUGCCUUGAUGCAUCUAAAGAAGAUGGAUCUCUUGGAAGAUUAGUCAAUGACAACCACAAAAAUCCAAAUUGUGUCAUGAGAAAAAUCAUAGUAAACAACAAGCCGCACUUGUGCCUUUUUGCCCUGAAGAAAAUAGAGAUAGGAUCUGAAAUUGACUACAGCUAUGGUGAUGCAUAAUGGCCUUGGCGCAGUAUGGUGAAGACUCCUGCAGCAGCAGAGACAGAGACCAGCCCUCUACCUCAGAUGUUCCACAUGGAAUCAAAGCCAGAUGAGACUAACGUACAGGUGAAAGACCCUCAGACUCCUGCAGCAGCAGAGACAGAGACCAGCCCUCUACCUCAGAUGUUCCACAUGGAAUCAAAGCCAGAUGAGACUAACGCACAGGUGAAAGACCCUCAGACUCCUGCAGCAGCAGAGACAGAGACCAGCCCUCUACCUCAGAUGUUCCACAUGGAAUCAAAGCCGGAUGAGACUAACGCACAGGUGAAAGACCCUCAGACUCCUGCAGCAGCAGAGACAGAGACCAGCCCUCUACCUCAGAUGUUCCACAUGGAAUCAAAGCCAGAUGAGACUAACGCACAGAUGGACAGUGGACCAGAGGUUUCUCGUCAUUUGUGCGAUUCAGAUGAAACUGUUCUGAAAGAAGCCUGUGAUGAGGCUUCUCCAAACAACCAUUCCAGAGAGCAAUCAGAUGAUGAACUUGUUCCACCUCUGAGACGCACAAAAAGCAUUAUGAUGGAUCGACUACAAGAUUUUGCUGGCUGUCUCUACGAUUCAAGUGAUGACAGCACAGAGGGCACUUUGAUUUCUAAGCCUGAAAGGGAUUCACAGAGGCUGAGAAGAUGCUCUCGCCAUCCUAUUCAGGUGCCUCUUGUGGAAUCAGAUAACUCUAACAUUGGCAGUGAAGAUGAGUACAUUCCAUGUCCCAAGGACGAAAGCACAGAAAGUGAUAGCAGUUUGGAAUUAACCCUGGAAGAUAAAAAAAGGAACAAAGGUGCAUCUAGUGAGAGCAGAAGAAAGUCUUCCAGUCGGAGCAAGUUUAUGCCCAUGGAGAGUGGAACAGAGUUGAUGGUAAUGAAAAGAAAAUAG